GAUAGGCGGGGGCGGGCCGCUUCCGGCAGCUUUUUCCCAAGGCCUGCCGCGGUCGGGAUGGGAGCAUGGGAGUGUUGCCUCGGGGGUGGUGUCGCGGGCCGGGGGCGCCGUCUGUACCUAGGCCCGGGUAGCGCAAGGCUUUCAUCAGUCCCAGAAAGCCUCGUCCAGAAGUCCCUGCGGUGACAGGAAGAAGGCACCCACCACUCCCACAGAUGGCGUCCAACUUCCUGACCACAGAGGCCCAGGAACCAAUGCUGUUUGAGGAUCUGGCUGUGUAUUUUUCUCAAGAGGAGUGUGUGAGUAUCCUGCCUGCCCAAAGCUGUGUCAGGAGAGAUGCAACAGAGGAGUGUUUGGAGGAUGUGGCCUUGAUGGGAGGGGAGGGCAGCACUGAGAUGAAUCAGCAGUUAAGUUUAGAGCCUAUGGAACCUGAAGAGCUUGCUCUAGAAAAGUACUCCAUUGCUGCACCUCUUGUCCAUUACCCAGAAAAAUCCUCUGAGGAUGAAGUUGGAAACCCUGAAAGGACAGUAUCAGGUGGAACUUCUACUUUCAAGAAAAGGUUCAUAAGCCUUUUAGUUACCAUUGAAAACCAUACCCCAUUAGUAGAACUAUCUCAGUGUUUAAGAACUAGCACACUUUAAGAAAUCUUUGUAUUUCCCUGGGAAGAAACCAAAAAUAUGUAUAAGUGUCCUGAGUGUGACCAAAGCUUCAGUGAUAAUUCAUACCUGGUUUUACAUCAGAAAACUCACUCAGAAGAGAAGAAAUAUAAAUGCAGUGAGUGUGGGAAGAUCUUCAAGCAUAGAGCCAAUCUGAGGACACACAGGAGAAUCCAUACUGGUAAGAAGCCGUAUAAGUGUGACGACUGUGGUACCAGCUUCCGUCAGCACUCACAUCUGUCACGGCACAUGAAUAGUCACAUAAAGGAGAAACCCUACACAUGUAGCAUAUGUGGGAGAGGUUUUAUAUGGCUCCCAGGGCUGGCCCAGCAUCAGAAAAGUCACACUACCAUAAAAGUCUGUGAAUCUGCCAACCGUGGUAACUAUUUUGGUCAGAAAACAAACCUUGCUUUGCAUGAACAAGCACAUACUUCAGCCACCCAGUACCAGUACUCCCCAGGUGGAACAGGCUUUGGGCAGCCCUCGUACCCUUCCCCACUGGAAAAAGAUCACAAGGAAGACUCCAAAUGCUGCAGCGAUGAUGAUGAUUUCUUCUCAUUCUCAAAAUUCAAACCCUUACGGUGUCCUGAGUGUGAGAUGACUUUUCCUUGUUUUUCUGAGCUCAUUUCCCAUCAGAACCUUCACAUGGAGGAGAAACACCAUACAUGCAGUAUGUGUGCAAAAUGUUUCACUGUGGAGUCAGAACUUGCAUUCCACCAGAAGAGCCAUACAAGAGAGGAGCCUUUCAGAUGUACUGUAUGUGGGAAGAGCUUCAAGAUAAACAUGCACCUCAUUACUCAUAAGCAAACCCACAUGAAAAAAAUCCUGUAAACAUAACAUGUUUUCAUUAA